AGUAAAACGACAGCAAGUGAACAUUAUUUCGUUUUCUAUAUAUGUUUUAAGGUGAAGUUCUAUAGAAGUACAUUGAGAUCCAGUGGUUAUUGCCAACUUGCCAUCGAACUUGUAUGUUUGCAGACGCCAUCACUGCCAGAGAGCUGUGUGAGUGUUUUGCGUCACUGGAUAACCUAAGUUUUUCGAUUUUCUCUAGCUAUGCCUCGAAAACUGAGGCGGAAUGAUCGAUCUCGAUUUCCCCAGUAGAGCUGUGAAUUGCCUUUGGAAACUUCUGUUUGAAUUGUUCCGCGCUGUUUAUGCUGUUGCUGGAAUCGGAGGCUGUAGGGUCGCGCGAUAAUUUCAUUUCUGGAAAUGUUUAAUCCAGCAACACAUUAUGGGAUUUUGUCCAGCGGCAGCGCCACGAUGAAAUACAAGCCAAUCCAUAGUCGGUGCUUCACAAUCCGUGAUUUUACCACUGCGAAUUAUAAAUUCUAUAGAGCAAUGAUGAUCAUUUUUCUGCCCCAACGCUGAAGAUUAGCUGCUAUUCAGUGAAAUGGUCAUGAAGGAUAUGUUUCUUUCUAAAAAUGUGUGCUCACAUUGUCAAUUCCUUAGAAUUGAGAAUUGAGAUCGACAGUUAUUUUGACAGCUAUGAUCCUCUAGCCAAUGCCACGUUCCAAACACACUUAGAAAAGGUUAGAAAUGAUGUCGAAGACAUGCCCCUUGUUUAGUCCUGUAUUUUCAAAUAAACAGAGCGUUCGUAUUUAAAUAGUAGUUAAAUCUACUUUGGUACGAUGGCCGUGCACGGUUAGCCCGAAUUUUCUCUCGGUAUUUUGUGUGAGAAGACGUGGUCAACUUGAGCUGACAUUGGACCACUCAACUCAUUAAAACUUUCCAGUUUGUGAAAUUUAUUGUUGGCGUUCACAUAGCUUCAUGUAGCUUCACCAUAGUACCAGCACUUCUUGUACAUCCAUUUCUAUUGCGUCCGAUCAAAAUGACCGAUCCACGAAACGUCGCAUAUUUUUAUAAGGAAAUAGAAAUUUUCUACAAUGUAUCAGCGGGCUGGAGCUCGCUGGACAAUCUACAUGGUUUAAAUAUGUCGGAAAAAGAUUGGCAAACGGUCAGAUUGGCCAGUAGUGACAAAUAGAGAAUCAAAUGAGACACAUGUUCGACAUACUAAUACAAUGAACAUAUUUUCAAACGAGAGCUUCUUCGUCCAGCCAACAAGGGUUGUUCGCAACUGGCUACGACUAUGAAGAGAACUGUCGCCAUGAUCCCAAAAAAAGAGUUCCCGGUAGAAUUUGACGCACAACACAGCUUGCAGUAAUAUACAAGCACUUGACGGUAAUGCAGCUGAACGAACUGCUCAAAGAAAUUGCGUGUUCGUAAGCAGGGACAUAUACGCCUCGGGUAGCCUCGUAAAGAUCUAGGCCAAAAAAAGUAACACGAUCUUGAUUGGAUGCAGACGGCUCCCCGACACUGAUAAACACAGGGAUAAAAAAUAGGUGAAACAGUUGGGUGUUUUAUAUCAUUUUGCAAUCGAUACGUUGUUCGGCUCGUCGAAAUACUGAACGUCGUGUUUUGGAAACGGCGUCUAUACACUACGACGAAGAAUUAUUUCGAAAUCAACUAUGACAGGACUAGUUCACACUUUGAGUUACUUUGGAGUCCAAUGGAUAACGAAGACAAACCUUUCGAACCUUUAGUAAACAAUCGAUCAGAUCUAGCGGCGUACAUCGAUGUUUCAGCGGUAGGAGAGUGAGUAGCAGGGAAAAAGGGAAACGCCUAUAACGAAUACACUUUCGUAUUUAGUUGUAUGAGCGGAUUUUCGGAGCGAACGAGCUGGCUAGCCUCGAGCCAUCCUCCUCCAUCUUCCCGAGCACAUUUGCAUCGCUUCUUCUAUGAAAUUUCACAUGGCUGGCAACGCUGCUCGACUGCAUCUCAAGAACAGCAUACGUUAGUGAUUUCACUCACGGUUCAACUCACAUUAUGUUUAGCUGCAAACCUAGGCUCAAAAAUGGUCAGAAGCCACUGCACUAGGCCGAAACGCUGAAGCCUGUUGCAGCAGGAGCGCUUACCCCAUGCUAGGCCUUUUUCUAUCCAAGUAUCGCAACGUUAAAGAUGAAAGGCCCCUAAUGGCUAUUAAAGCCUAUCACUUGGCUGUGCGAGUAGACAACUCCUGUUAGUUUGUCUAUAACGAUCCGCCUGAGACGUCUUUGACAAGCUUGCGUCCUUAAUACUAGUAUAACACAUUACUGAGUUUUAAUUGAUAGUGACUGUAUGCAAAUAAAUGCAGUCUUUUUAAGGAUAUUUUAGCAGCCUGCUUUUAGCCAAGUGCAGAUUAACCUAUCUUUGUCUUGUGCUUUGUUGACGUUCGUGAAUUUGUCUGAAGAAGGAUUGCUGCAGGCCAAUACAUGAACAGAGGCCCCUCUUUAAUCAGGCAAGAGCCGACGCCCGUGAUGCUUGGAACUCGUGGAAAGCUUAAUUGCGGAUUGACCUUACGGCGCAUCGUCUCGAGCUAAACUUUGUGAUGACGCUAUGUCGAUGCUCGCUCAGUGCUCAAGGUCGAAAAGAGGUAAAAAAGGCCAAAGCGAUGGGAGGCCAAGAAGAUCACCUUCCUUCCCAACAAGCGGCGUUUCGACGAGGCCAGCUUCAGCGACAAGGAUCAUCGUAGACGAGGAUGAACCGGCGAACGAUCACACUGUCCUCGCUCUUGCCUUGAACGGAGGCACGCUUGGAGCGUCCUUCUAUGUGCCAAAUCGUCUUGAGAUCUGAGCGUCUUUCAGCUGUUUGAACGUCACUGCUCCCUAGGUCGUUCUCGCCUUCGAUCUAUGUUUCUAGCGCCACCAAAUUCACGUCACGAAGUCGAAGAUCGACUUACCUCUCUAGCGUAUUUCUCCGAUCCGGAAAAUCGUCAGUUCAUUAAAGCACUGAGUCAAGCGCUAAGGAACAUUAAACGAGUAGACUAUAUUCUUCUCAACAUGUGCAGAGGUGAAACGCCGGCUGGUGAAUGGAGAAGCAUCUUGUCUACGUGUAAAUCAAUACUCGUUGUGCAGGAUCUUAUUGCUGGGACAUCCCGCAGGGAUGAGUGCCCGGCUCUAGUUGCGGCUUUUAAAGCUUGCGACAAAGUAUUCGCAGAGCUCGUCGUAAUAAUUGAGAACGUGGUCGAUUUCCAAGCCUUUAAAGAGAACCCGGACGAGAAAUUUCCUGUACGAGAAGGAGUCGAUCCCGAGCUUGAUGCUAAACGGCUGCGUUUAUACAGCGCCGAGAUGGACAAGGACAUGAAACGUUUGGCGAGAACAGAGAUGGAGCGCCUUCCUGCGGAAAUUAAAGAUGGGUGCAUUAAUUACGUGCCGUGCAUGGGGUUCGUCUUUAGGACGAAACGCGCUAACGAACGCGCGGUUAAGACGACAAGAACAAUGGAGCUCGUGGCAUCAAUGGACGACGAGUCGUUCUUCCGUUGUAACGGAACGGCUUUGCUGCACGAGAAGUACGGUAACGUUUACGACGAAUUGAUGCAUCUUCAGCACGCGAUUUAUCGACAACUGCAGAGACAGGUUCUGACCCAUGCUACGACAUUGCUCAAUGCGGUGGAUACAUUUUGCACGCUAGACGCAACCCUCGCACUGGCGUUAACCGGAAAUGAACUGAAUUUUGCUCGGCCUCAGAUCACUGAAGAAAACAUCUGUGUCGUAGUGAAUGGAAUUCACCCUCUUCUGGAAGUGAUGGAACGCUCUCGAGGCACGGUUAAAGCCAACAGCUGGAUAUCGGUAAAUCCUGCCCGGGUGUUUGUGGUAACUGGGCCCAAUUCCAGUGGCAAAUCGACGUUCCUGCGUCAAUGUGCGUUGAUCGCUUUUCUCGCUCAUCUCGGUGCACCGGUGCCUGCUCAAAAAGCCAAAAUAGCUCUAUUAGAUACUAUUCAAUCAUCAUUCUACUCGGAUGAAACGAUGCGGAACGAGGCGUCCGGAUUCGCCGUGCAGUGCCAACAAAUCGCAUUCAUUAUGAAAACGAUUGAAGGAGCGCGAGCUUUAGUCGUUGUCGACGAAUUUGGUAAAGGUACUCAGAUGACAGAAGGGGCUGGCUUGUGCGUCGCCUUCCUUCGCCAGAUGGCCCUGAUGCCCCGACGACCGCAUUUACUCAUGGCGUCACAUUAUCAGCGGCAUCUGUACGCUUUCCUCGCAAAUAACUCUGCUAUCAACUUCCUAACAUUCUCUCGCCACUUGGCCGGUAAUCGUCUUGUGCAGUUGUACAGCGUCGUGCCCGGAAUCACCACAUCGAGUUUCGCUAGCUUUGUAUCGCGCGACGCUGGACUUGUUGAAGAGGUAGUCCAGCAUCAAGAGCAAAUAUCGUCUAAACUCCAGAAUAAUCAGGCAAUUACUGGAGAAAUAGGGAAUCAGACCGAAAAUCUGCUCAAUUACGUUCAGGAUGUUCUUGAUGACGUCACAACUCUUGUAGAAUACUCAGGUCCAGGAUGGUGUGAUCACGCGCAAAGUCACGAAGAUGCUAGUACCGGAGACCCGGCAUAGGGUACUUAGAUCUGCUGUCGUAUUGCCUAAUAAAACGAAAUUCUUUUUAU